AUGAGCCGUCCUGAAGACACAAUACGCGGGCCCCGCCCUUACCGUGGCGAGGCGGACGAAGACGAUGCGGAAAAAGGCCCGUCCGAUUCACUUGUACCACCUCCACUUUCGCAUAACGAUGGCUUUUCUCACCCGGAGGACGAUGGGUCGAGGCCGAACACAGCUAUGGAGGACGCUCCGAGUGGCAACAGCAGACCGGCGGUCGUGGACAGCGGGAUUCAAGACACCAAACGCUCUUUGGCUGGAAGCGAGGCCGUCACCGAUGUGGUCAAGCCGAAGCUCACGAUUGAUCUGGGCCAUUCUCACAUUGGGCGAAUUCCGGAGCCAGUGGUAGACAUCAUCAAGGAUGAAGUGGAACGGCUAUCUCUGUCAAACAACCAUCUUGUUCAUAUCCCCUAUCGCUUUGCCGAAUGCUCCCACCUUCGAUAUCUCAACAUCCGAGCAAACAACUUCCGUGAAUUUCCUAAGGGAGUCUAUAAGUUACCGUUGCUGGAGAUCCUCGAUCUAAGCCGGAACAAAAUCAGCGCUUUGCCCGAAGAAAUCAGCAAAUUGAAAUCGCUGCGAGUGCUCUCUGUGAUGCAAAAUCGCCUCGAUGACCUCCCUCUCGGUCUCUCUGAUAUGAAUAAGCUUCAAAUUCUCAAGAUCGCUGGCAAUCCAUUGCGGUAUCCACUGCGCCGCGUUUUGGAGUCCUCGGAGUCCGAAAUGACACCAUCUACCAUGACGGACAAUGAGAAGGAAGUCGAGGUUACUGCGGAACUAAAGAGAUUUCUGAAAACCCGGCAAGCCGCCACAACCCCGGAGCCAGAAAGUAAUGAUGCAAGCGAGAGUCCUGUUGAGAUUCCCCGACCCGCACCUACCAAACGCAAGCUUAGCAGUCGGUUUCCCGUUAUCCCCAGCACUGGCGACAGCUCGGCGGCUUCUUCUAGAAAUCCGUCGAUAUCCCGGCCACCGCCGGUUCCAGUAAAGUCACACUAUCGCAUGACAUCCGGGCAUCAGAGUGGCAAUUACCACAUGGGCAGUUCUCAAUGGUCCAGUGUGACUCCUCACACGGUCAAUGAACGCAACCGAAGUAACAGCGAAGGCAUUAUCCAGGCGUCUUUUGCUGCCCGCAGCAAGCGCAUGGGGGUUAUCACUCGAAAGAAUACAGAUCUAGGCACGCUGGAUGAGACCCGCCCAUAUCGAAACAGUCAUUUGCGAGGUUUGAGUCAUGGGUCUGUUCUUCGAGCUCGGCCGUCUGGGGUAAACCCUACUAGCGGUAGUAGUUCUUCGAGUCCGAGCAGCCCGAGGGAACGUCGGCGAUUGCGAGAUGGCUGGGUUAAUCGGAUGUCGAGUCUUCCCGAACACAAGGGUGAACGAGGAUCAGAUGAACCGAUUAUUGAGAGUGCCAAAGGGAUUCUCUUCGCGCUUUUCCAGAUCCACUCCCACAUUUCCACACUGAUAAAUGUCAUCAAGCGUGACGAUACCCGACGACACAGCCUUGAGCUCGUCUUCUACAAUGCUUCCACACACGUGGAUCGGCUUAAUGAAGCACUGGAGCAUGCGGAAACCUCUUUGUCUGAUGAUCCAGAUUCGAUACGGGCGGUCACUGAGACGGUCAAGCGCGAAUGCGAAACAUGCAUCAUAGCUUAUACCCACGUGGGUACACAACUACGCAACGGUGCUGCCAAGAUUGUCUCCAAUGGUGAUUCCCGCUAUGUACGAUCGCUCAUGUUGAUGAUGUACGGCAGUCUGGUGGAGUUGCGGAAUGCCUGUGCCGGUCUUAACAUUCCUCUUCGACCGGCACACAAGCGGCUUUCCGCUGCCAAGCCGUCUCUGCCAGAAGCCAACAAGGCUCCUUCGGCUCCGGAACGACCCCAACUUUCCAUGGUCACCCCCACAAGGGACCGGACACCGCCAACUCGACGCCUGCGAAGUGAUACUACAAUUCGGCAUCCUCAGUUCCCCAUGGGUGGGCCUUUGCCAUUGACAGCAGCCAACCAGACUCCUACCACCUCGCCUGGCUUUACAACACCGUCCUUCAACUACUCGCGAAGUCGAUCGAGCAGUCGGUCCAAUCUGAUCAACACCUCAGUGCCAUCAUCGAUGACCACACCUCGCUCCGGGGAGACGUUUCCUCCCAUUACUUCCUCAGGUGCUCCUCGUAUCAACCCGUUGACCGGGUUGGAUGAAAUUGAAGAGGAGCGCAUCUUUGAAAAGAUUUUCUAUCAACUCACCUCCGCUUAUACCGCAGCACUGCAGGCGCUGCCAUUGGCGCGCCGACAAUUUGCUCGCUGUUUCGAGGUGGCAGAGCAGUCGCGGGAGUCUGAGGGAGUUCAGAUGCUCUGGAGCAAUCUCAUUCGGCGCUGUCGUUUCUGCUUGGAAGUAUCCGAGGCGCUGGGGGUGCGCCUUUCCACGAUGAAAGUCAAAGAGCCGGGUGGCGGGCUGCGGAACCAGCGCGAAUUCUGGCUACUUUGCAAGACAUUCAUGCAAUCAUUCGUGGAUUUGGUGACCGACAUGCGCGAAGUGCGAAGUAUGCAGCUUCUUCCGGGGGAUAUCAUCAUCAUCCUGCGCCCCGUUCAGAAAGCCAGCCGCGAGGCAGGCCGUCUGAUCGAGGCCUCCCCCUGGUCCUAUCUCGCAGAUAUGGCCGCGACGCAUGCACCCGGAAAUCUGUAUGGGCCUCCGUUGCAAACUCCGCACUCGCAGCACCAAACAUCGGCCUCGACGUCCGCCCUCGCCUCUCCUCCAAACGGAUUCUCACUCACCAUGGGCAUGUCUCCCCAAUCCAUCACUGUUCCUUCCACCCCGUUGAGCGCGGCGCUCGGCCCUGCUGCGCAGGCCACCGUGCCCACCACGCCAGCGAGCGCGUACAGCGACAAGUUUUUUGAAGGCGACGUUUUCCAGCGCGCCGAUUCCCUGCUAUCGAUGGGGAGCCAGGCACCAAUCUACUCUCGUCGGUAA